CUUCUCGAUUGGAUCUAAAUUUGCCAUCAACGGAUUUGUAUACUUCUUCAAUGAGCCAGAAAUAUGGUGCCGAUGAAUCUUGUCAUCCUGAAUUUGAUCCGCAACUUUGGUGUGAUGCAAUUGGUGGUAUGGAGACUACACGGACACAUGUAUACGGCUUUGGAACUACACCACGUGGAAAGAGUUUCUUGUCUCCUACCAAUAGUAUUGGGGAAGCAUGCUCGACGGCUUGUAGUCCACAAGUUGAUCAAACUCCACAUUCUAACACUGAAGUUGAUAAUCUACGAGAAGAAGUGACGGUUGUGAAGAACAAACUACAAAGCUUGGAGGAUUCUCAAAAAAAUAUAGUGCAGAGUCAGAAUGAAAUCAAGGCUUUUUUGUCUCAAAUUACUGAGAUGUUAAAUCCUACAACAAUUGCUCGGAAUGCUGGAUUUUCUCAAUUUGGGACGAGUGAUAGAGGCCAAGAAGAAGAUACCACUGAUGAUGAAGUUUGAAUCAUGAGAGAGUGACUUAUAAAACUUGGGUGCUGCAUAACUAGUUUUAUUGCCAUAUGAUUUCUAUUAUUCAUGUUUUACUUGUGUAUGAAUAUGUUUUAGAUAUUAUGAAAGAUUGAACUUA